AUGCGUGUUGCUGCGGUGAUGCCAGUGGAAGCCGAGGGCGUUCAGGUGGAGGUGCCCAAGCUCGUUCGCCCAACGGACUCCUGGGACGUGCACGACCCCGAGGUGACGCUGCUACGGCGUCCCGUGAGGGUUAGCGAGCUCACGGAUCGAGACUUCAAGGAGCUCAGCACCCUGGAGUGCCUCACGGCGCCUUGUCCCAGAGCGCCACCUCCUUGCGGGACCGGAUGGAGUGGCUUAUGGCAGACGGCGCAAAUCUACUCUCUAGAGUGGUCGCAGGAGGUGCAGCUGCGAAUCUACUGCUGCGGCUGCCACGAGAAGCACACAGUCCACUUCAACGGAGAGGCGCUCGGCCUCUACGCUUGGACGCGAGGGGUUGUUGUCACGCAGGCCGCAUGCCAGCUGCUGCUGCGGUCCGUUCAAAACUCGGGCUCGGCCUUCGGAGGAAUCGUCUCUGCUCAGAACGCCACCCGUCGAUUCUUUAAGCCCAACGCCAUCCUUCUCUCGGAGGAGACUUGGAGCAAGGCGAGCCUGGGCUUUUUCAGGCUGUGCGGCCGCCAGAUCCUGGAGUGCUGCAGCCUAUGCGGGCCGCAUCCGGCGGUUCUACUCUACGACGGCAUUGCGGGGCUCGCUUGUGCGGAUGGGGGCCGGCAAAAAGGCGGGCUUGCGGGUACUGGCGCGGCCCAGGUUCGGCCGUUCACGGCUCCGAGUCGAGACUUCCUCGACGUCAACGUUCAGAAAGUCAUGGAGCCAGGGGGCAACUACCUGGCGGCGUCGCUUGCGGGGGCUGGCCUGAAGCGGCGCCUCGUGCAUCAACCGGAGCUCCGAACGUUGCUGGCCCGGUUCAGUGGACACCAUCCGGCUGACGUCGAGUUCGGAAAGCACCUCACCGCGCGAGAGUACGAAGAGCUGCUGGUCGCAUUGGACCGGGACGACGUGCAAUUCGUCACCGACUUUGUUGCCGAUCCGGACGAUGCGGAUGGCGACCCCGUGUUGCUCCAUUGGCGGCGGCGGAUUCGGACGGACCAGGUCGGCCAGAUGCGCUCCAAGAACAAAGCCGUGCUGGAGCUGCUCGAGAGCAUCGAGAUCGAGGCGAUGCAGGUCGAGCCCCACUGGCCCCCGAGCUGCCCAGGGACGUGGUCCGAACUGCUCUACAGUCUUGGCGCGCCGCUGUCCGUAUCGGACGACUCGAACCUCAUCCAGCAUGGCCGGGCGCUGGGCGUGGUUCGAAAACUGUUGCUCGGGGAAGCCGCAAACGACCACGACAGAAUUCUCUUGGCGGAGCACGCCCCCAUCUUGCGCCGGCUUCUAGACCACUAUGGCGACCGGUUCCCCGCCUUCUUCCAUCCUGCGCUGCAUCACCUCUACCGCCUGACGCUAUUCGGGAGGGGGGCCGUGGGCCUCGGAGUAGGGCGUGCGGGGUGGGCGCUGUCGGCAAUCGAGGGGUUGGACGUGUGCAUGUGGCUGCAGCGCCAACCGAACCCCCUGAGUGUCGAGCAGCGACAAGCCUUCGACUUCUGGGCCGCUCGUGCCAACUCCCUUCUCCCCGGGGUCGAAACCCUUACCCCACCGGCCCCGCAGCGGUACCCACUGCUGCCGGCAGAGCAGGAGUUGUUGAACGGCAGGCUCGGGCUCGAGAUCGACGGCUCAGAGUCAGCCGCCUUUCCCCAUGAUCACCCCUACUGCCGCGAGCAGCAAGACCUUGGCUGCUAUCCGCUGCCAGGGUGGCAGCAGAAGAGGCCUUUGCCCCAGUACCGCCCGUUCGAAGACGAGUUGGGACGGUCCCUCGAGCGCCACGAGGAGCACCGUUGCCGCAGCGGUCUCACGAUUGGCGAGUUCGAUGCCAAGAUUGCCCUCGAUUCAGGCAAAGUUAAGGAGGCCAAGCGACUGCAGCAACACACGAAGGGCGGCUUCGUUUUCUGCUGCCCCCAUCGUGUCAUCUACGGGUGGCACGUCAUGUUGCGAGGGGAGUCGCCGAGGGAUCCCUUUGCCGUCCUCUACACCCGCCUUCAACGGCGGCAUCUUCCGCGCUUUCUUGUCUACGACAACGCAUGCAAGCUGCAGGCGUACGCGAUGCAAAGAGAGCCUGCGCACUUUGCGGACGUGCGCUUUCUCGUCGACCGGUUAGUGUGA